GAGGAGUGACACUUGAGCAGUGCAGUAAGCUGCAAACUCUGCUACUUUGGCCACACUGUUCACAGCACCAAGUGGAUUUCUUGCUUUCUGCACUAUUGACCAUCCACUGCAUCAGUACAGUCUAGCUUUCGAGGCUUGUUUUAAGUUGCCUGCGACUCAUACUUGCACACAGGCAGCUAAAGCAAGUCUGGGACGCCAGUGACACACCUACUAAGCCCAGGGCUGAGGAACUGCUGCCAUGUGAAGAAUGGAAAAUACAUCUUUUCAUCCAGGAGAAAGGGACAUGGGGGAACAUUUGCUAAUUUAUUCUCCAUUGAUCAGUUGCACGAGAUUUCCUCCUCUUUGUCUGUGAGGAAAAAUCUCGAAAUCAUACAAAUCAUUUGUAAACUAAUGGGACUAUCAAAGGCCUUCGUAGUCUGAUGCAAUCUGUUUUUACAAAGCCUGAUUAUGUGACAAGGGACUUAGAUGUACAAACUUGCAAGCUAUAAAAAAUAACAAAAUAACCUAUCAUACAAUAUACACUGCAUAGCCUGCAGUACCUACAUUACCUGUGUUUACAUAUGGGCUUUACUGAGCUCAGUCAGGUGACACAUCAGUAAAUCAUGAAAUAGAUUAUGAAUGAUUAUCACACAGUUUAAGUCAACACACAGGGCCAGAUAUGCAAAGAGGGAUUUGAAUUAAUAGUUUUCUAUUGGACACAUGUAUUGUACUUUAAUUUCAAUGUAUCAUUUCUAGUUUAUACAAAUAAAAAAAAUGUUUUUGAGUUCUUCCGGUUAAAAUAUUUUGUACUUGACAGAAGUCUCUUUUGAAACUUGAAACAAUGAUUUCUUUCCAGGGGAGGGCUAUGAGGAGUCAUGUAAUCUGGCACAAAUGAUAAUGAAUUGUGUUUUAGUUGCACUGAUCAGCCUGCGUCUCUUCAUGUCAUGACACAUAAAAAUUGCAUUUUGACCAGACAAACCAGAUGCCAAACCACCACGGCAGAGAUGCACUUGUGUUCAUGUCAAUGUCUGAGUGUUAACAUAAUUCUCUUUCACCCUUUUCGCCUUGAUUCAAUCACUCUCAUUGAAGGAAUAGACAAGAAUACAUGGAGAGAGAAUGAGUUGUGCAACAAAAGUCCCAGAAUCAAACAAAGGAUGUUGCAUUUACGUGGAACGCAUCUUAAAACACUAAUCCUUUCAUUCAUGGUCAAACCAUCAUGCCAGGGUUUGUUGUCAUGCUAAUAAAUUACAUGAAUUUCCUCUUUAAAUUUAUACUUGUUGCUUUUAAACACCCCGUGCUUCAGGGCAGAGAAAUACACUGCAGAUUAUAACAAUAUAGUCCUGGAUUGAUUACAUUAAACACUAUUAGAGAGACUGAGUGUUGAAAGAUUAUGAUUUAUAAGUGAAAUAAAUCAAUUUCUAACGAUUAUUCAAAUGCCAUGAAACAUAAUUUGCACCUAAAUAUUUGUGAAUUAAUUAAAAAGACCACAGUUUUAAUGAUAAGACUAAUAACAAAGGGUGUGUACUAUACUCAGGCAGGGUAAUAGAGCCCACACAGCUUCAUACAGUCCACUGCCUCUGAAAAACACCAGAAUUAGAAAAAUAAUGAUAACGUCAGUGAGCAUCAGAAGCCAUGGUUUUAAAGUUACAACCCUCCGAUUGAGGCUAUAUAACCUUAAACCCACAAACAGAAGGUCAGGGGGGGAUGAAAUGUCCUUGCUUUCUCGUGUGCACUGAAGCGUCCCUUUCAAGGUAAAUAUUCUUUUCCCAACAUGAAAUAGGUCUUUGUUGUUUGCCGAGAGGUAAAGAGGCGGAAAAGUGAGGAGGAUCUGAACUGGUUUCCAUGUCAAACACUUCAAUUCACCAUAGAAACUCAGAUCUUAACGCGGAAACUUUAUUAAACUGUGAUGGCGGAUUGAUAAGGGCCCAAUUUCUAUCGGCCUCUUUUUAUUGUGGGCAGCAGGCGGACUGACAGAGGUAAAUUGCUCUUUUAAUUAAAGCAAUGCACCAGGGGAAAUUGCUGUCUGAAUAUUGUCUCAGAGAUGGGGGCCAGUGACAGUUGCCUGGAAACUUCAAUCUGUCCACCCGCAUUUAUUCCAGAUCACAGUUAUGAGAUAAAGUUUAAUAAAAAUCUUUUCCUCCGCCACCAACGAAAUGAAAUCCAACCCAUUCUGAACCACCGAACACAAUGAGACAGGACUACGGAGGAAACCUCAUGUUCAACAUGUAUCUCUCAGAUCCGACGGAAAAUCUGUUGAAGGAAAGCAAAGGAACAGCCUGGGGUCCACUAAACACAGGAGUACAGAAAGGCAGCGGGCAGAUUCAGCUGUGGCAGUUCCUGCUGGAGCUCCUCUCUGACAGCGCCAACAUGUCGUGCAUCGGCUGGGAGGGCACCAACGGCGAGUUCAAGCUCAUCGACCCGGACGAAGUGGCUCGGCGCUGGGGGGAGCGCAAAAGCAAACCCAACAUGAACUACGAUAAGCUGAGCCGGGCGCUGCGCUACUAUUACGACAAAAACAUCAUGACCAAAGUCCACGGCAAGCGGUAUGCCUACAAGUUUGAUUUCCACGGCUUGGCGCAGGUGUGCCAGCCGUCCACCACAGAGCAGGCCAUCUACAAGUUUCAGGGUAACUUCUCCCCGAUUCCCUUCGCCGGGAUUUCCAAACUGAACCUCGUGGCUCCAGGGAUGGGGCCGCCGGGUUUCUCCUACUGGCCCGGCUCCCCUCCGGCGGCACUGUAUCACACCCACAACCUCCAGCCGCCAGGGCCCUUUGGCACCGUGUCUCCGUCCCACAUCAGCUGUGUCAACAACAUCAGCAGCCUGACUAGCAUCAAUAACCAUUACAACUGACUAAUUCAUCUUUUAGGCAAACAAAUA